AUGGAUGUCCUGAGGAUUUUCAUUUUCUCUGUCUUCCUUAUUGUUUUCUUGGCUGCUUUGCUUAGAUAUGAGCACCCUCUUCUGAUUGAAGGAAGAGACAAAUGCGAGUGGGUCCUUCCUAUUACUGUGCAUGCACCUCCUCAAGGGACUACAACAGCUCACACUCGAAAUGAGAAGCCUUUCUCUUUGGAACCAUUAUGGAUUCGCACUUAA